CUCAUGGGUAGUAGAGAGCAGAACAUCAGGUAGACAACUUGUGCUAUAUCUCUCUCUACACGUGAAGCUCACCAUUACCAACAAACACAGAUGCGGUGGAGUGUGGCAGCACUGGUGGCGAUGGUGGUGUUGGUGAUGGUGGUGCAGGAGGUGGACCCUGCCAACAUACUCUUCCUGGCGCCCACAGGUCCCCGUAGCCACAAGAAUUUCUUCAUGGCUAUCGCCGAGGUGCUGGCGACCAAGAACCACACGGUGACGUUUGUAACGGGAAUCGAAGCCUCACAAAACAGGACAAACAUCCGUGAGGUGUUUGUGCCAGGUAUGGACGUAUACAAAUAUCUUCCUAACUUGUUUACUUCAAAUAAGAUUGAGAUAGUCCAGGCCAUGAUGCCCCUGUUAGCCAAGUUCUGCACCGACGCUUUGGCUUACGAAGGCAUGCAGAGUGUUAAGGAAGAAAAAUUUGACUUGGUCAUGCUGAGCGGAUUCGGGACCGAAUGUUUUUACUCACUUGUUGACAAGUUCAAGGUUCCAUACAUAUUCAUGUAUUCACUUAGUCUGGCGCCAGCUUACGCGGACAUGGCACACAGCACGCACUUCUCAUCCAUGGUGCCCAACUUAAUGUUCGACUUGAAAUAUCCUCUCACCUUCACUGGCAGAAUGUUCAAUACUCUUCAUGACACCGCCGGCAUCUACUAUGCCUACUAUGUAAUUUUUAAAAUGAUGGUGGCAGAGUGCCAGGAGAGGAAGCUGUGCCCGGAGGAUAUUUCCACCUUCUACCGGAUGAGGGUCAAUGGGAGUCUCGUCAUCUUAAACAGCGUGGAGACCCUGGAGAUACCGAUCAGACCUUAUACUGCCACGGUGGUCCACGCUGGCGGGAUCCACUGUAAACCAGCUCAGCCGCUGCCACAGGAACUGGAGGACUGGAUUGCUGAGGCCGGUAACGCUGGCUUCAUCUUCUUCAGUCUUGGGUCUACCGUCAAGGCGUCAACUAUGCCAGAGGAGUACAGGAGGGUGCUGGUGGAAGUGUUCGCGUCUCUGAAGCAACGGGUACUGUGGAAGUGGGAGGGGACCAUGGAAGACCUACCACCCAACGUGCGUCUUACCAAAUGGCUCCCUCAGCAGGAUAUCCUCGGAGACCAUCGCCUGCGACUGUUUAUCACCCAUGGGGGGUUGUUGAGUAUCCAGGAAGCCACAUACCAUGGUGUACCAGUCCUGGGCAUACCCGUUCAUAUCGAUCAGCACCACAACAUUGCCCAGGUCCAAAGGGAAGGCUGGGGCCGCUUCGUGUACUGGGCGGAUCUCACUUACGACACUCUCCGUCAGCAGAUUCUUGAAGUUAUCCAGGACACCAAGAUGCGGGAGGUGGUAACUCGACGGCAGACUGUGAUGAAGGACCAGCCUGUGCCACCUGGGCAGUGGGUGACCUACUGGGUGGAGUACGUCCUGAGGCACCAUGGAGCCCUUCACCUCCGCUCUCCUAUUGCCACCAUGCCUUGGUACGAGCUGUACAACGUGGACGUGUGGCUGGUGGUGUUGGUGGUGUCCACACUGGCUGUCAUCCUCACCUUCAUCAGCCUCCGUGCCCUCCUCUACGCCGUCUACACAUGCCUCUCUGCACCCACCAAACACAAGCAACAAUAAAUACAAGGAUCACCGCAUAGCUGUACAAUAACAUGGAUCACUGUGUAGCUGAGCAAUAACAUGGAUCACCGUGUAGCUGAGCAAUAACAAAAAGUAUCUCUCUGCAGCUAAAAAAAAAAACAAUGGUCAUGUGUAGCUGUAAAAUAAAGAGCAUCACUGUGUAGCUGAAUAGCAUCAGUGAAGGGGAAAUUAUCAAGAAAGAACCAGCUACUACCGCUGCCCCUCCUGGCUGCGCACCUCUCCACCAACCAACUCUGCAUCACCCUCUUCCAACAGUGAUCCUGAUGAUCCCCCUAUGCUUCAAUAACAAGAUGUCUCCCUACAAUGCAUCGCAGGGAUGGUGAAUGGGCUAAAAAUAUAUCCGUCCAACACUA